AAAACCCCCCCUGUGUUGAAAACCAGGGUCAGAAAGCAAGAGGAACUCUCGCAGACUCUCUUUGGACUUAAAUAGUAAAUAUUAAAACAGCUUUUUUAAGCACUGCGUCUGAGGUUUCUGCAAAAUGUGUAAAGGUUUAGCUGCCCUGCCCCAAACCUGCCUUGUAAGGGCAAAAGAGAUCAAGUCAAAAUUGGGAGUUUUACUGCAAAAGCCGGAAAAUGCCAUUGAUCUCAUCAUUCCCUAUCCGGAGAAGAGUGAGAAGAAGCCGGAGAAGUUGCAGAAGCCUUCACGUGAGGAAGCUGCUGAGUGGCGUGAGAGUCUUGACCAAGUCCUGAACAACAAUUAUGGUCUUGCAGCUUUCCGUAGCUUCCUGCAGUCUGAGUUCAGUGAUGAGAAUAUUGAGUUCUGGAUGGCCUGUGAGGAUUUCAAGAAGACCAAGGACCCGCUGAAAAUGGCGACCAAGGCCAAAAUGAUCUAUGAAGACUACAUCCAGUUUGAGGGACCCAAAGAGGUAAACAUUGACCACUCCACCAAGGAUGUGACUUUAAGGAAUUUGGUGGAUCUCUCACCUCAAACCUUUGACCUCGCCCAAAAGAGGAUCUACUCACUGAUGGAAAAGGACUCCUUUGGUCGCUUCCUGAGAUCUGAGCAGUACCAGGAACUCCUGGUCAACUAAACGUGAGCAGGAGACUGAGCAGCUCGGUUAGGAGGUGAGGUUUUUGGAAAAAUGGGAUUCAUUAAUACAGUGGAACCACGGUUAGCGUCAUUAAUCCGUUCCAGAAGGUCAAACCCAAAUGUACUAAUAAUGGUAGUCCACUUAACUGUUAGUUUGCAAAGAAUUCCAGAAUCAGACGCUGAUGAUAUCAUAGAUGGGCAACUGAGCGAUGACUUUCAGUUCCAGUUUCCGUUUUGUUUGCAUGCUAAUAGGCUGCUAAUGAGUAUAUUUUGCCGUGACGCAGUGUAUUAAUAACAACAAGACAUGAGCCAUAUUGUAGGCUAACUAAAAAAUGUAUGCAGAACAAUGUGUCAAUUUGCAACAUGAAUUGAAAAACACACGCUAACCGAGGUCCCACUGUAAUUUAAAAUAAAUCACAUGUCAUAUAAAUACAACUUACUUAAACAUUAACGGAACUAAUUAUAAGGAAAAUACUUUACAGACGCUCCCGUACUUACAAACUAGUUACGUUCCAGAAGGUUGUUGGCAUUUUAACACCGCCACCAUUAUAAUCCACCUUAAUCCUGCCAUUAGCCAUGAUGGAUGGGCUAAUUUUAUCACACUAAACACAACGUCAUGCUACACUGAACGCAGAAACAUUUUAACACAGUGGUAUGUUUGUAAGUAGCGGAGUGUCUGUAUUGGAAAUAAGACAUCCACCUCUCCACUCAAAACAAACAUGAAUCCCAAUCUUUUGAGCUGCUCAGAAUGUAUUUGAAACAUCACCAAAUUUUGUUCCCUGUAGUACAAAACGACUUUGGCAAAUAAUUAAUUUGGACAAAGCUGAUGUCUGUAAACUUCCAUGUUGAAAAGUUAAACGGGUCGGCUGACUAAAUCUGCUUUUACUCCAAAGGAGGAAGGAUCCUUUCACUUCCUUUAUCAAAGUUAUAGAGUAUAGAAAAAUGAAAAAGGAAAGAUAAGCAAAUUACAUGCCAAGAGACUUAAAUUCAUUUACUUGCUUCAGAAAACAUAUAUAAACGUUUAUAUUUUGCAUGCAUUGUAUCAGUGAUUUACAAACAAAAUACACUAUUUGGACAAAAGUCUUGGGACAAUCAAUAAGCCAAUAUGACACUUUACAGUAAGCCCAAACCUUUUUUUUCCCCACAAAAGGCUGCAUAGAAAAAAAAAUACUAAUUCAUUUUGAUUUUACUUUUUAAUUUUACUCCUGCAUGAUAUGUCCCAGUGUACAAAGGCCAUAUCCAAAAAAGCAUUUUUGGGUGAGAUUGUAGAAGAAUUUUUCAAAACCACAAAACAGGGAAGAACGACAAUAGCAGUUCUUGCUGCAAGGGUGGGGGUCCCAAUACUUUUGUCCUUAAAAGUCUGAAAACUUAAUUAUCCCUCUUGAGCAAUGUUAAUAUAUAUGAGUGUAAACCAGGGGCGUCCAAAUUUGUUCCACUGAGGGUUGCAUCCUGAAAAAUCAAAGGAUUCGGGGCCAUUUCUAAUUUAGGAAACAGGUUAAAACAAAACUAUGGAGUUAUUCUAAUGCUCGGAGUCCACUGGGCCGGCGCCAGUUGGUGCCAGUUCGCGCCAGUUCGCGCCAGUUCGCGCCAAAGAUUAUGUGAUUGGCCCGUAGUGGCUCGCUGUGGCACCAAAUUAAUGUUCGCCCGGCAUGGUGCCAUGUUGCCGUUAAUUUGGCGCCACAGCUAGCCACUACGCGCCAAUCACAUAAUCUCUGGCACCAACUGGCACCAACUGGCACCAACUAGCGCCGACCCAGUGGACUCCUAGCAUCAUUGGCGCAACUUGGCACGCACCAUUCCAUCCACUGGAUUCCAAUAGGCGGGUUGUUUGCGACAUUUGGUUCCACUUAGUGGACAACGAGCCAGUUGGGAGGCAGUUUGAGCCACUAGGCACCUUGUUGGUGACACAAGGCACCACAGCAAAUUGCAUUGCCGCAAACUGGCACCAACUGGCACAGUGGACUCCUAGCAUAAGACGAUGCACGGCUGCUUGUUAGCUGCGUGUUACUGGUUUCAAAGCAUAUUAUUAUAUUAUAGAUUAUAUUAUUAUCCAUGUUACUGCAAAAAAAAAUUCUCGUUUCAUAAUACAUUUUGGACACUCCUGGAGUAAACAAAAAUAAUCAUGUUGUUUGUUAUUGUGGUAUUGACAUGUUAAAAAAAAAUAAAAUGUGUCCCUGCAAAUUACAAUGUAUCAUAUGAACAGUGAAAAAUAUAAUGCUCACUUUCUGGUUUCUCAUCUCUCACAACACACACCAAUUUAAAGACUCUCACCAACUUUCUAUUUAGGCUCUGCUGAGAGCCAUUCUGUGAGAGCAAUGAUGACGAGUUGGCUCAGUGGUCAUUCUCCUCGGCCGCUGAACUGCAAGUUGCUAAGAUGGGAGAUCACGUAGGAGUGACUCACAGAAUAGAACAUGUGGAGCAAAAGGUCUAUACAAAGCUAUUAGAAAACCUGGCACAUGAAAAAUAGGGUGUUUCUGUUCUGCAAGUAUCAUUAACUGGUAAUUAAUCAUAAUUUCACUGAUAUAUCCAAUGCAUUUAACAUUACUGAGUAAUUCAGCAACAUACUCAUAUAUUCAACAUACAACAUAUAUAUUUUAAGUACACAUGCAAGUGAGUAUUGAUGGGAACAAUGGUGGAUUUCAUGUUUGCAUGCAAUGCGACUUCAUAAAGUGUGAUGCUAUGUACUUUGUUUUGUUUUAUUUUAUGAAAGCAUAUAUGUCAUACCAAUAUUAAUAAUAUUAUCAUCUACAUAUUCAGCACUUAGUCAUUUGUGCAGAGCGCAUUGUGGCAUAGAUUGGCCAGUCUGUUGCCAUAAAUAAAGAGAUUGAACAGUGCUGAAUAUGCAACACAAUCUUGCAUGUAUGUCUUGUCUUGACCACAUAAAAAUACAGUAUAUCCACUACA